AUGUACCCGGCGCCGCCGAGCCCGAGCCCGAGCCCGAGCGGCUACGGGACCGUCACGCUCAACUGCACCGACAACGCGUUCUGGUGCAUCCCGCGCUGCCCCGGCGGCGACUGCGUCGACUACGCCUUCGCGCCCCCGCCACCCCCCCCCCCGUUCCCGCGCGCCACCAUCGCCGUCGACCACCGCCUGCCCGUACGCCUCCUCCUCACCGUCUCCCUGCUCUCCGCCUUCCUCUUCCUCUCCUUCGGGCUCGCCACGCUGCUCCUCUACCGCCGCCGCCGCGCCCUGCGCCGCCGCCGCCGCUCGGCCACCGCCCCCCUCCCUCACGACGACGACGAGGAGGCGGGCGGCGGCGGCGGCGGAGGGGUGGUGCACCACGUCUGGUACAUCCGCACGGUGGGGCUCGACGAGGCCGCCAUCGCGUCCAUAGCCGCCGUGGAGUACCGCGGCGCGGGGUCCGGCGGGGACUGCGCGGUCUGCCUCGGCGAGUUCAGCGACGGCGAGCUCGUCCGCCUCCUCCCGCGCUGCUCCCACCCGUUCCACGCGCCCUGCAUCGACACCUGGCUCCGCGCGCACGUCAGCUGCCCCGUCUGCCGCUCCACCGUCGUCGUCCCCUCCGACGUCCUCGCCGCAACCACCGACGCCAACACAGACGUCACCGAAUCGCACCAGGUGUUCGACGAAAUGUCCCCGUCAGAGUCACUGCACGAGGAUUCCGACGCCUCUUCGGACACCCAAAGCGAGGACACGGAAGCCCCAGCAGAGGAGAACGGGAGCGCCACGCCCAAGCCGAUACGGCGCUCGGCCUCCAUGGACUCGCCGCUAUUCCUCCUGCCCGUGCCUGAAGUUAAGGACGCUGCUGCGCAGUCCAGCCGCAAAUUAUUGCCGAGCGGCCGAGAGAUGAGGAUCAUCAGGGUGAAGGACAGGGAGGCAGCAGGGACGUCCUCAUCCUCCUGCCAGACUGGCAAGCUCGGGAUCGGCAGGUCGAUGUCAAGCAGUGGCCGGGCUUUCUUCUUCUCGCGGAGUGUUCGCUCUACUGGCGCCGCUCUGCCGCUGUGAGCUGGUGUCAUUUUGCUGUCAAGAGGGGGUGCAGCCUCAGCAAAGCCGGGAGCUGGUAGUGUGUCUGUGUCUGUUAAUAGGAAGUGUAUACUGGAGAGCUCAAGUGGCUCCAAGAGAAAUACUUAUCUGAAAUAUGUGAGUUGACAAGAGCAAUUUCCGCGUGAUAAGUAUUUCUUGAGUCGAUGUGCUCGUGUUAACUUGCACGCCCAAGCUUCCUCUAUCAUAAUGUCAACUUGUGUCAAGCUAUGGCUGAGGGAAUUUCAGGGAAGAAACUGAAGAUUGGUUUCUUCAUGUAAUAUUUGUGUACCAAUCUCGCAAGAGUGGACCACUGCCUGCCUCAAUGUUUAUUGUUUCCACAAGGGGGUGGUGCAAAUGUACUAAGAUCAAGAAUCUGUAGUUGGACCAACACUUGAUGAUAUCUUACAAAUAUUGGUGCACAUGUACUACUACCUCUGUUCCAAAUACAAGCCUUUUUAGAAAGCUAAACUAGCUUUGCUAAAAAGGCACAUAUUUCGGAACGGAGGUAAUAAUAACUGAAUAUCUUAAGAACUAGUUAGCAGCA